CACCACCAACAUUUCCCUUUUCUCCCAAAUCCAUGACCGCCGCCGCCUCCGACGGCUGGGUUCGGGCCGCCAUGGCCGACGACACUCUGGUGGUGAAGCUACUCGUGAAACUCGGCGGGCCGCCGCCGAAGGAGGGCGAAGUCAACCCGCUGGAAUGGACCGUCCGUCAACGCCGGUCAAGAUCGAUUCCGGUCAACGACAAGGAGAGGAAACCCAGUCCGACCACGCCGCUUUCUUGGGGCGGCGCCGCCGCGUCGGAGGAGUCCUCCCGGCGACCUUCCUUCAUAACGACGCGAUCUAAGACGAGCAUUGCCAUUGAGAGUGACAAAGCUUCCAAAAGAUCACGAAAGAAGAAGACGUUGGCGCAGCUCAAAAGCGAAGAGCAUACGCUUUUUAAGGAAAGGAGAAACUUGAAAAGGGAAAUAUCUUCGGCGCGUGCAAGCCUAGAGAGACACCGAGCCGUUAAUGAAAGCUUGAAGAGAAUUAAGGUUGAUUUGCAAACACACACGCCGGAAUCAACAAAUUGUCGCGCCAUUCCUCCAAAGAAGCUUCCGGAAGUUUCUUCGACAUCCUUCGAUCGCACAUUCUUCCUCCCUGAUUUAAACAUUCCUUUCGACGAGCCUAACCCCGAUACUAUUUUGGGGGUCAGCUAGACGAUCUACCAAGGUAUAUGUAUUUAUGUGUAUAUGAACGCUCCUUUGAUAUAUCGAAGAAUAAGGCUAACUUCCUGUUAGGAUUGAGGUGGUAAUAGCAAUGAUAGUAAGAAUGGAAGUUGCGCCUCGACAACGUCUGGUUUAUAAGUUUCUUGGCGGCGACGCGACGUUGCUUUCCGAUUCAUCAAUGAUGGUUUUGUCCUAUGUGGCUUUGUAUGGGCAUUACAUCAUUGUUGUCCUAUCAAUUUCUUUCAUCGAAGUAUUUUUUAUAGGCUAAGAUGUAUGUUUGUUCCGAUUUUAAAUGAAAGCUUUUUGGCGGGCUUUUGUCGACACUUCGAAUUAGUUGUA